AUGGCCGCCUACACCUACGAAAUGGGUCACGAGUUUAACUUCGCAGUCACCAAAACAGUUGUCCACACCGGAAACAAGACAGGCCGAGAAGUGGUUGGAGCCUGGGUCUCAGUCAAUCAAUUUAUCGAUCUGGCGCCGGCGUAUGGAGCCCUGCGAAGUCACCUCCAGUCUUUCGCCGUCGAUUGGCCUGCAUGUUCUACAACUGUCGCUCGUUCUGUUGCUGCUAUGACCUCCGUCUCACCAAAGAGUCUAUGA